GCUGCAAAGCCCUCAAGUUCAAGAGGAGAAUGGAGACCUUUCUAAAGUCAUCACACUUCAAGGUAUCACUGCUGCUCACACUCUCAAUGGCAGCAGUUGUUUGCAGCAGCGCCUAUGGGGUGAUGGAUGAUUGCAGUAAUGAGAGUUGGCAUUUGUACAAAACUCAAUUCCAAAAGCAAUAUGGUUCAACGGUCGAGGAUGCGCGUCGACGCUUAAUAUUUUGUAAUAACAUGCACAUGAUUUACGCACACAACGAGCGUUAUAAGAGAGGUGAGGUAACUUUUGAAAUGGGCGUUAAUCAGUUCGCCGAUUUGACCACUGAAGAAUUUCGUCGUUGGUUGCAUGGUGGGAGUAUUGGUGGUGGUGGAGGAGUAGUCGGCGAGAGUUUCACUAGUGCUGGACCAUAUUCUAAAAGACAUUAAGUUGAUGCGAAUAUUGUAUUUCUUAUUUAAUUAUUAGUCCCAAGUAUUUAUUUUUUUAAUUAAAUUAAAAAUUAAUAUUUAUAUUAAAAUAAUUUUUGUUUUUCACACGUAGAACAUUAUUUAACCUUAAAGAAAUUUUACUAAUUAAAUUUACUCA